AUGCCCACCUGUUCUAGGAGCCCCGCAGGCCACAAGUGGGGCAUCACGGCCAACGGAAGCGCGAGGCGGUACCUGUGCCUCUGCGGAUAUGAAGUGCACGAGAAGAAGACCAACGGUUACUGGGAGCCAGUGAGAGUCGUCGUGUCUGCUCGCAGGUCGUGGGGUGCGUCCACCGAGUCGGACGCCCCUGCAGAGGAUGCGCCGCCGAGUCCCCCCGGGCCGCGGACGCGUUCUCAGGCCCGUGGUAUGCGAUCCUCGCACCCUCCAUCUGGGGGCGCGCGCCCACUAUCUGCGAUUCAGUCAGCCGCCGAGGAAGAGUUCCCUGCAAACGUCGACGGCGAGGUCGACAGCGAUGUAUCAAUGUCCGACUAUGAAUCCGCCGUGGAGGAGCUGAGCCCGAUGAUAGUUAACAGCCCGCGGAUUCAGCCUGAAGCUCCUCGCCGCUCCUCGGCAGGGACGACCAACUCCGACGCCCCGAGUUCCCUCGCUGGCAUGCCCUAUCUGCGGCGUCUCCCCGCGCGUCCCGGGAGCGACAUUUCAACCCCCAUUGGGCGACUGCGCCAAGUCUCGUCGCGCCGAGUCUCCAAUAGCACUGCGGAGACGCGCACGCCGCCGACGGCAGCCCAAGUCGUAGUCGAACCCUCUCCCGCCGCCUCCCUACCCGAAGUCGGCCCGGAAGAUUGGCCCCUCGUAUCACGGAACCCGAAGCCUGAGCAGCCUUUGGUGAGCGCUGUGCCCCGAUGCGGGGCGGGCCCAAGUCAUUUGUGGCGGCGGUGGGGCAACGCGUGGGCGCGCCACUAUACCUGCAAGCAGUGCAGUUUCGUGGCGAAAGAGCGCAAGUACGGCUGCCCAGAGGUUUGGAUACCUAUGCAUUGA